AUGGCUGAGGGUGGCGCUGAUUGGAUGGAAUUUGUUUUGCUGGCAAGCCUUUUUUGGCCUUUAUAUUAUGUUGACUUUGUAGUGUUGCAAUGGUAUCAGAGAAUUGGGGCAAUGGCUGGUGGUUCUUCAAGCUCUUCUCAACCCAAUGUUCUACUCUUCAAGGGAGAGAACUAUAAUCUUUGGAGUCUCAAGAUGAAGACAGUCUUCAGGUCUAAGGAUCUGUGGAGUAUUGUUGAGAAAGGGAUAGCUGAAGAAGCCGACAACAAUAGACUCAAUGAAAUUAUGAAGAAAGAUGCAAAAGCUCUCUGUUUAAUCCAACAGAACUUGGAUGAUCGGGUUCUUCUAAGGAUCACUGAAGCAAAGACAGCAAAACAAGCAUGGGAGGUGCUGAAAACUCAAUAUCAAGGGAAUGAAAACAAUGUUUCAGUCAAGCUUCAUUCCCUACACCGAGAGCUUGAUGUAACGAAGAUGAAGCAUGGAGAGAAGAUAGAAGAUUUCUCUACCAGAGUCCUAGACAUUGUUUAUCAGAUCAAAGUACUAGGAGAGGAGUUCCCGGAGAAGAAGGUGGUCACAAAAAUCCUCAGGAGUUUGACACCUAGGUUCACAAAUGUUGUUUCUUCCAUCGUUGAGGCUAAGAACCUCAGCACCCUCACAGUUGAUGAACUUUGUGGCUCACUCAGGAGCCAUGAAUCAAUUUUAAACAAUGCAGGUGACCAAGAUGAAGUGAAGACACUACAUGUUAGAACUACACUACCUGGCGAUCACCUCAACAGAGGAGGAAGGGGUCGUGGUCGUGGCGGCUUUCACAGAGGGAAAGGAAGAGGGCAUGGACGUGGGAGAAACUCAGAGAUCUCUCACUCUGCUGAGAGCUCACAACAAAACAAAGGAAUGCAGUGCUUCAUCUGCAAGAAGUACGGGCAUAUCAAGUCGUAA